AUGUCUGACGGCCUUUUAGAAUACAUACUCGUAGACUUCAACCGAAAGCUUUCCACAGCUUACGGUAUCAAAGCAAUUGAGGACAUUGAACCUACGAUGCUCAAAUGGAUAGAGUUUCUUGAAACGUUCAAAAACAUAAAUUUCAGCGAAGUUAUUCAGCUUAUGGAAAACCACCCGAAUUCUCAACAGAGGUUUAGCAGUUUGAUCGGCAUUUUCUAUCAACUUGUGAUUAAAAAUAAAGAAAAGGCCCUUUUUUUUUAUAAUUCUACCACCAAUCUCGAACCAAAAGACCACGUUGAAACCUGUAAUACCCAAAAUAAUCAAAUGUUAUUAACCAUCUACUACGAAAAUAAAAUAAUUAACAAAUGGAAUGUUCUAGAUAAUUAUGGUGUAAGUGUAGAUGAUGCCUUCGAUUUCAAGUCGGAAGAUGGUGAUCCAUUUGCACUAUACAAUUUAGCCGACUGUUACUUUUACGGAAAAGGAACGAAGGUAAAUGUAGAUAAAGCGUUCCAAAUAUAUUUAAAAUCUGCCGAAAGAGGUAUAGGAACGAAAAAAAAUGAAAUAAGAGCAUUUGAUGGGUAUAGGGUUUCUGCGGAAAGAGGUAAUAAAGAUGCGCAAUGGAUGUUAGGAAAUUGUUACGAAGACGGUACGGGAACUGAUGUAAACAAAGAAGAAGCGAUGGAGUGCAUUUGGAUGGAAGGAAACCGUGGUGCACAAUGUUAUUUGGGACAUUGCUAUCAGUAUGGUAUAGGAGUAGAUAUAAAUGAAGUAUCGUUCGGCUGGUACUUAAGAUCCGCUGAAGGAGGAUAUGCGGAAGCAUUUUCUCAUGUAGGAGAUUGCUAUUUAUGUGGUCAAGGUGUAGAUAUAGACGUGGUCAAAGCGUGGGAGUGGACGCAAGGACCGCUCAAGGAGGAAUGUUGGGUACAACUUUAA